AUAGUGACCAGUUCGUGCUUGUACUCAAACCAAAAUAUUCAGUAUUCAGAACAUUCCAUAUAUUCCUAAUUAUUAACUAUUUACUAUUUACUAAAACAUAACAAAUAUCUUUAAAUUCGUAUCUCAAAUAUGGAAGGAAACCCAGUAAGCCCUGUAAAUAUCAGUGAUUUUGUACCUGGAUUAAAUGGAACAAUAGUAAAUAAAAUUAUAACUCAUGCCUUGACAACUAUUGGUCCUCAAUUUGCACAUCAACAGAUGCGAUAUACUAAUCAAACAGUUGCUGAUAAAGUACCUCCAGAAAUGCUACAUUUAAUUGAUCCUCAUUGGUAUCAAUUUCCACCUUUGGAUCCAUUGUGGCAUAAAAUAUUAGGUUUAGUUAUGAUUGUUCUUGGAGUUUUAGGAUGGUCUGGAAAUGGUGUUGUAGUAUAUGUAUUUCUGAUGACACCAUCAUUAAGAACACCUAGUAAUUUACUUGUGGUAAACUUGGCUUUCUCAGACUUUAUAAUGAUGGUUAUAAUGUCUCCACCUAUGGUAAUCAAUUGUUAUUAUGAAACUUGGAUUCUAGGAACCUUAAUGUGUGAUAUAUAUGCUAUGGUUGGUUCUCUAUGUGGAUGUGCUUCUAUAUGGACAAUGACUGCUGUUGCUUUAGAUCGAUAUAAUGUUAUAGUAAAGGGUAUGUCAGGUACACCUCUAACUAUUAAAAGAGCUUUGCUACAAAUUGUCAUUAUAUGGUUAUUUGGGUUGUUAUGGACGAUUUUACCAAUGGUAGGAUGGAAUAGGUAUGUACCAGAAGGUAAUAUGACAGCAUGUGGUACAGAUUAUCUUUCCAAAGAUUGGGGAUCAAAGUCUUAUAUAUUGGUGUAUUCAGUGUUUGUUUAUUAUCUACCAUUGUUUACCAUCAUUUAUAGUUAUUAUUUCAUUGUAUCUGCUGUAGCAGCUCAUGAAAGAGCUAUGAAAGAACAAGCAAAGAAGAUGAAUGUUGCUUCCUUAAGAUCUGGUGAUAAUCAAAAUACUAGUGCUGAAGCAAAAUUAGCAAAGGUAGCUUUAACAACAAUAUCAUUAUGGUUUAUGGCUUGGACACCAUAUUUGGUAAUAAAUUAUAUGGGUAUAUUUAAUGGGUCAAAAAUUAGUCCACUUUUUACUAUUUGGGGUUCUCUCUUUGCUAAGGCCAAUGCAAUAUAUAAUCCUAUUGUAUAUGGAAUAAGCCAUCCAAAGUAUAGAGCAGCAUUAAAAGAAAAACUACCAUUCCUUGUAUGUGGGUCAACAGAGGAACCUGCAGCAUCUGCAGGAAAUGCUGAAACAUCUUCUACUACAACGGCGAGUGGAAAAGCAUAAUUUUUCUUUAUUAUUAAUAUUCUUUAAUUUUCUUCUUAAAGUAGAACAGUAUAAAUAAACUUUUAGAAAUUUAAUAAUAUGUUAAUAUCAAAAUUUAAUAUAAUUUAUUGAUAAUUGUGUAAAAAAGUAUUAAUUAUGAAAUAAUUACUAUUGUUAUUUCAAAAUAAAUAAUUCAGUGCAUGAUUAUUAUUUCUGUAAUUUAUUUGAAAACAAAAUACACUAAUAUGGUAAAUUAUUGAAAGGUAUAUUUUUUAUCAGUUAUUUUUAACUUAAUAAUAACAAACGAGUAAUGCUGCUUGCAUGAUUUAUUUAAUUUUACAAAAUUAAGUACAGAUAUGACGCUAUCGCUAUGUUUUGGCACGCUGACUAAUCUUGUAAUCAUAGAGCCAAUACCUGCUAUACCAAAGUGACCAUGUAUACCACUAUAUUAUAAAAUGCACAAAAUUAUAAUUCAAUCUAUUAAUCAAUUGUAAAUGAUUCACAUUGUGGUGAAAUAUGAAUCAUAAAAUUAAUCAUAGAUGUAUUCAAAGAUUGCUCAUUUUAUGUUGUGUACACAGUGAUAUCAUGUAUGUUAUUGGUACAGGUUUUGUUUAUAAAUCUCCUUCUAGAUGUUAAAUAGAAUCAAUUAGUUCACCUGUGUUCACUAUAGAUCCCUGUUGUUUCUAUUUUUUUUAACAUUACAUAUAUCACAUGGAAGUCCUUGUUUAGAACACAUAAAUAUGGCUGCCCCAGUUAUUAAAUUAUUAAAUAUUAUAUUCAUUCUGAUGAUAUUAAUAUUUGCAUUUUAGUAUAAUGUUAAUUUAGAAAUUUAGAAAAUGGCAGCAUUUUACAAUUCUUUCCUUAUGCCGAAGCUUUCUCGCCUUCAGGGACUGUGGUAAUACCAGAUGCAGUAGAUGUUGCAUCCGUAUGGGGUGCUUGCUCAUUGGUACAAGCCAAAGAUGGGAACCUUUGGAAGAGAGCGGCUCGGUAUUUAGGAUGGCUGGAAUCAUUAAAAAGAAAUAAAAAAAUUUCUAAUAAAAUGACAUGUUAAAGAACAAAUGAUUUACCUGAUACCAUAAACAAUAGGAUUAUAUACAGCAUUUGCUUUUGC